CCCUCCUCCCAGCAACAGAGUGUCCCAGAGCUCGGCCAGACGCGGGGCUGAGCCGGCCCCGCCGCCCGGCAGCCCGUCUCCCCCUGCCGCCCCGGAGCGCUGGGCAGCGCCGCCGCCUGCCCCAUGGAUAUUGCAACAGGUCCCGAGUCCUUGGAAAGGUGCUUUACGCGGGGCCAGUCGGACUGCUCAAAGAUGCUGGACGGUAUUAAAAUGGAAGAUCACCCUCUGCGCUCGGGUCCGGCCACGUUAGGAGUGUUACUGGGGUCGGACUGCCAGCACCAGGCCGUGUGCGAAGGCUGCCAGAGGCCCAUCUCGGAUCGGUUUCUGAUGAGGGUGAACGAGUCCUCCUGGCACGAAGAGUGUUUGCAGUGCGCGGUGUGUCAGCAAGCCCUCACCACCAGCUGCUACUUCCGGGACCGAAAGCUCUACUGCAAACAGGACUACCAACAGUAAGAACACUCCGUGCGUCCCGCCGGCCUGGCUCGGCUCAGCCCGGCCUGGCGCGGCUUGGCAGGGCCCGGCUCGGCCCCGCGGUGCCCGCCGGCAGCGAGCAAAGCCCUGGCAGCGUGGCCAGGCCCGCCUCGGAGGCACGCUGCGAGACUCGGAGCGUGUUUCUGAGCGGGCCGCCGUUGGCAGCUUCCCACCGCGAUCUUGCGAACGCCCAGCGCCCCUCAGGGACGGUGGGCAGCGCCCGUGCCGCGGGCCCGGGGCUGCUGUGCGUGGCGGCCCCGGCUAGCGGGGACCCCGGCGCCGAGGCGGAGCGGCCGCCUGGAAAUUAACGUUGCAGCGAACGGCGCUGAACGAGCGUUGAGCCAAAAUGUCCUUCCGAAGGGGGAGCUGCCCGCCGCGGGCUCCACAGGGCUUGGACCCGUUGCGGUUCGGGGUCCUGCGGUGCCGUCGGAGGGGGGCGGCGGCGGCUCGGCGCGGCCCGGUCCGGCCCGGCCCGGCCCGCCGCAGCUGUCGCCACCUGGGCUGCGGAGGCACCGCAGGGCCAGUCCGCCCGGGGUCGAGCCCCGUCCCUCCGGCGCCCCGGAGCUGCGCGGGGA